AUGAGCAUCGCCAGGAACGGCGGCCGCCACGCCUCGGUCCGCGGCAGACGGUUCCUCGUCGUCGGCGACGUCCACGGCUGCCGCGACGAGCUCGAGCUCCUGUUGGCGAAGGCGGCGUACGACGAGACGACGACGCAGCUCGUCCUCGUCGGCGACCUCGUGAACAAGGGCCCGUACUCCGCGGGCGUCGUCCGCUGGUGCCGCGAGCGCGGCGCGCUCUGCGUCCGCGGGAACCACGACGACCACGCGGUCGACCACUGGCAGAAGCACUUCCACCUGGGCCUCGCCGUGCCCGGCAAGUACGCCUACGUGAAGGAGCUGAGCGCCGCCGACGGCGCCUGGCUCGAAGCCCUGCCGCACACGCUGUCCCUGCCGGACGUCGACGCGAUCGUCGUCCACGCGGGGCUCGCGCCGGACGUGCCGCUCGACGGGCAGGAGCCGAAGCACAUGACGCGCAUGCGCUCCCUCUCCGACGGCGCCCCCUCGGACGCGCCCGGCGCCGCGUCCUGGGCGGCGACGCGGCGCGAGCGGCCCCUCGUCGUCUUCGGCCACGACGCGAAGCGCGGCCUGCAAGUCCACGCGAACGCCGUCGGCCUCGACACGGGCUGCUGCUACGGCAAAAAGCUCACGGCGCUGCGGCUCGCGGCGGGCGAACCGCACGCCUUCGUCGCCGUGGACGCGCUCCGCGAGUACGCCAAGCCCGGCGGCUAA